AUGGUGCUUUUCAACCCAGUUUCUCCACUAACUCAGCGUGACCUGGGCUACAGCCCGACUCCCUCUGCUGAUGACAAAGUCCAUGUGCUGGUCUGUGUGCUCUCUGCCAAUGCUCCACAGAUUAAACCAUCAGUUGUGGAGAAGAUGAAGAACGUCAGAGAAACAGCCAGUGAGCUGGGAAUUCCUCAAAUGGCUAUAACUACUAAAAUUGAUGAACUCUGCGGUGAAAUUGAAAAAGACUUGAAAAAUGUGUACAUGAGCAAGUGCCUGAGACAAAAGAUGAAGGACUUCAGUGCAGCAGUGGGAAUCCCAAUGAACUGCAUCUUUCCUAUGAAGAACUACAGUGAAGAAAUCAAACUGAACGAUGAUGUUGAUACUCUGAUCCUGAGCGCCCUGCGGAAAAUGAUCGACUUUGGAGACGAUUUUAUUGAGAAGAUAUAAACAGUCAUUAAUAGGAACCACAAAGGAGGGAGAGAUUCAUUUACAUUUACAGUGU